CUAUGAAAGCUAUGGGUUUAUUUGACUUUCUGGAUGGAAUUCCAGAUGAUUAUGUACCAAAAUAAAGGAUGACAGCAGAAGAAACUGAAGAAGCCUUCACAUAUCUCAAAAAUCAUCCUCUUUUUAUAGAUCAUAUUCCAGAAGAUAUUGAAAACUACCCUGAAUUAUUAGCAUUGUAAAAUCUUCAAUAUGAUGAUACACCUGUUAAUAUAGCAGCUGCUUUACUCAAAAAUGCCAAUGAAAUCAUGAAAAAAGAUGGAGAUAAGAAAUACUUUUAAAUUAAAGCUUAUGAAAUUUAUACUGAUGCAAUUGAAUAAGAUUGUGGUGAUAAAGAACUUAUGGCUAAAUUAUUUAGUAAUCGAGCCUUGAUUUCUUACAAAUAAAGUAAUCGAUAAAAUGAUUUGAAUAGAGAACUAUAAAUGUGCAAUAUAGGAUUGUAAAUGGGCGAUUGAAAAUGAUCCCAAAUUUAUUAAACCUUAUUUUAGAUGUGCUUAAUGUUUAUAUCAAAUAAUGCAUUUUAAUGAAGCCUUAAAAUUUUGUAAUCUGGCACUCGAAAUAUCUAAGGAAAAAGAAAUUGAAGAAUUAAGAAAAAUAAUCCUUUAAUAAAUCGAAAAAUAACAAAUGAAAAAUGAAGAAGAAAAAUAAUUAUAACAAUUAUAUACUAUUUGUAAUUAAAAAGGAAUAAGAAUGGGUCCAUCAAAAAUUACCUUGCCUCCUGAAUAUCAAGUAUAAGCAUUUAAAUAAAUUUAGCCACAAAAAAUAUCAUUAGAAUAAGUUAAUCCUCCAAUAUUAACAAUUCCAAUUUUAGUAACAUAUCCUGAAUUUAGACAGAGAGAUUUUAUAUAGUAUUGCUCAGAGUAAACAAAAUUAUACUAAAUAUUGGCACCAUUAUUUUAAACUCCUUUGCCUUGGGAUUAGGAUUAAUAAUACAAUUUGAACAAUAUUGAAUGCUAUAUUGAAUUAGAUGAUGGCAAUUAUGCUAAAUUAAACAUAAAAGCUAAAAUUCUAUCUAUAAUGUAAGGAUACAAAGUAACAGUGAAAGAAUUCAUUGAAAUUCUUGUGGUUUGUCCUAAUACAAAUUAUUACAAGAAAUAAUUCAGAUCAGAAUAUCAUGUUUUAAAUGACCAAUGA